AUGAAAGUUCUACUGGUGGCCAGUCUACUUGUGGCAUGUUUUGUCUUGUCACAAGGCAGCACGUACCGACGAGUUUGCUACUACACGAACUGGGCGCAGUGGCGUCAAGGCAUCGGCAAGUACAAAGUGAGCGACGUUGACCCACAUUUGUGCACGCACAUCAUCUACGCCUUCGCCUAUUUCCGUGACACCGACGGGGAAAUCUACCCGAUUGGAGGACAGGAUGACAUUGAUAGCUAUGCCGCGCUCGUGGCGCUCAAACAACAGAACCCGGAUCUCAAAAUACUGCUGGCUCUUGGAGGAUGGAACUUCGGCAGUCUUAAAUUUUCCAAUAUGGUUGCUGAUGACGUCAUCAGAGGUCAGUUCGUUAAAAGCGCUGUGACGUUUCUGCGACAACAUAAAUUCGACGGCCUUGACCUUGACUGGGAAUAUCCGGGUUCCCGCGGAGGAAGACCAGCAGACAAAGCGAACCUUGUGAUCCUGUGUCAGGAGCUGAUCUCAGCCUUUAAAGCCGACGCUACUGCAACAGGAAAACAUCGUCUGCUUUUGACUGCUGCCGUGCCUGCUGGGCGGGGCACCGCUAUGGCCGGAUAUGACGUCAAACCGAUAAGCGAGUCGUUGGAUUUCAUCAACCUCAUGGUGUACGACCUACACGGUGGGUGGGACGGAAAGACGGGCCACAACAGUGCGCUGUUACCGAGCAGCGCGGACACGGGUGACGACGUCUACCUCAACAUGAACGAGACUGCAGCAUGGUGGAACAAGUCAGGGGCUCCAAAAGACAAGAUUGUUGUUGGCAUGGCAACUUACGGCCACACCUUUACUCUGCACGACCCAUCGAAUAGCGGAGUUGGGGCUCCGGCGGGCACCGGUCCUGGCGGGAAGUACACCGGCCAGUCCGGGUUUUGGUCAUACUACGAAGUAUGUCAAGACAUUGAAACGGGUGGUGGCGCGGUGGAGUUUGAUGACGAAAGCAAGGUUCCGUACUUCGUGAAAAACAGCCUGUGGGUUAGCUACGAUAAUAAGCGGAGUAUGAGACUGAAGGCCGACUGGUUGAAAGCGGAAGGAUAUUCCGGCUUUAUGAUCUGGGCUCUCGAUCUGGACGACUUCAACAAAGUGUGUUCUUCGUCUGCUAAGAGAUACCCACUGAUCAAUGCAAUUAUUGACCAGCUAGGGGAGGUACCGGCGACCACCCCGGGCGGGGAGACGAUGACGACGAGUGGGGAAACAACGAGCGAACAGACGACCGAACAGACGACCGAGCAGACGACAGAACAGACGACCAAGCAGACGACCGAACAGACGACCGAGCAGUCGACACAAGGAACCACUGAUGGAGGUGGAGAAGCUUUCACUUGCAGCGGGAAGGACAAUGGCUACUAUCCCCACCCGUCGGACUGCUCCAAGUUCUACCAGUGUGUCGAAGGUCGCACGUUCGAGUCCAGCUGUCCGUCAGGGCUCCACUGGGAUGUCAAGGUCAACGCAUGCAACUGGCCCGAAUUGGCUGGUUGUUCUGUUUAGGGUCGAGUUAAUUUAUUUUGUAAACGUAAGGAAAUUCAGACACAUGUUGUAUUUACAUUUCGAGAUCGAUGUUAUUAAAUGACAG